CAGAGAAUUCGCGCGAUUCUCUCUUUGGAAGAAGGACGGAUUUCAGAGAAGCUCUUAUCAGAUCCAUAACAGAGAGAAGAGAAGAACCAUGUCCAGAACUGAGGACCAGAGUACCGUAUCCGGUACCGAGGAAUACACAGUCUUAUUCGGCUUCACGCGUAAAUGUUUCCUCCAUAUCUACUCCAAAAUCAGCAGCUUUAUGGGGACCGUGCUGCCCGAGAGCACGGGGGGCGUUCUGGAUUCAAAGACCAUCGCUCACUUAACCGACAACAUCUUGAUGGACGUGUUGAGACAGACCAGUUCCACCCUCAUGCAGCUCUGUGAGAACGAGUACUUCUAUAGCGCCACUCAGGCUAAACAGAUGGGCAGCGAUAUGGCUGAGAAACUGAUCUAUUCUACAGCUGACAAGAUGCUGGAGUACUGGCACCUGUGCACCGUGUCCAAAUGGUUGACCGCAACCUCCUACGAUAAUUGCGUACAUCCCAACAUCAUGUUGGACUCCCUGUCUUUCCAAAUGGCGGAGGACACUCUGAGUACUUUCUUCCAGGCCUUGUUGAGCGUCUGCAUCGGGCGGAAGCCCGGCGAACCCUGGUGUGUUUUUUUAGACUCGCCCAAGUGUAGCUUUCUCAUGGAUGUCGUCGAGAAUGCAGUGGGUUUAUUAAAACCAGCAGAGACCAGAGUUACCUAUUCAGAGAAGAGAGUCUACAAGAUGUUCAGUCUCCCUUCUGCUAAGGAACGGUGUAGCGAAAUUAUCCUGAGUGCAAUGCUUAGAUGUGCCGAAGAAGAGUAUGAAGAUGAAGAUGAUUUCGACAGCAAAAACGACACUCACAAAGUGAUUAGGAGCUACUGGAAAACUCUCAAGACUGAGACCCGCAAGUUCAUCCACAGCAGCAUCCUAAAAGAGACUUCAAAGAUCACGCCACUUACCACUAAACUGGAACGCUUCGCAUCAUUAACAUCUUCAGAAAUCCUGGACAUGCUGACCUCAGAACUAUUGCUUAUCUUUGACGAGUACUUUUUCUCAUACAACAGCAAAUCAGUGGUGGAGAGGAUAUCCAAAGCUUUGCAGAAGCGAACUCAGGAUAAAUUUAAGGAGGCUUUAAGAACAACCCUCCUUCUGAGUUCCAAGCAGGGCAUGUCCACUAGCCAGAAAGCUCUGCUCAGGUCCUGCUUCCAGGCCUGCUCUGAGCGAGUGGUGAGGAGAAUUGUUUGGGACAUCAAGGAAUUCCUCACGGGCUUUUUAUUGAAAAAAAUUCGGGCUUCAAUUCCGGCUAAAACAUUCCUUAAAUCUAUGAAGAAACAAUUAGACAUCAUGGCCCGUCAGUCUAAAGAUGAAGAAGACAUUCCCAUCCCGCGACCAUCUCUACUGUCCAGGAUCAAGAGAAUAUUCCACCAGCUGAGGAACAGGAUACGUAAGAUGUUUGGCAGAAAAGUGGCACCAUUGAACGUCCCGUCCACGACCGAUGUCCAGGAAAUUUCUGCACCUGAUCCUCCUGCUGUUUCUCCACCACAGAAAUAGAAAAAAGUUGUGCGUCUUUUCAAGACUUUGCAGGACUUCAGGCUGCAGCAAAUGAAGAAAGGUGUUUGGACGCUCCUGACUUCCUCUGCUUAGAUAGAUAGAUGGAUGGAUGGAUGGAUGGAUGGACAGAUGGAUGGAUGGAUGGAUAGAUUAGAUUAGAUUAGGGUGUGUUGACUCUCUUGCAGCAGCAGCUCGGGGGUUAAACUGGACCAUUGUAUCUUAAUUUUACAAACAGAGUUCAAAGAGUUAAGCUCUUAGAAAAUUGAUUAAGAAAACUGAUAGUUAGAUAGAUAUGGCGGUAUACAGUAUUACUGGCGGGUAAUUGUUUAUGUAUAUUAUUUUAUAUUUGUACCUGUGUGUACACUAGUUCGUUUUAAUAUUUUAGAAUUCGUUAGAUUAUAUUUCCUUUAGCAUUUUGAUCUUAGUUUAGUUUAGUCAUUUUCCUAUUUCAUAUCUAUUUUGCAGUUUUUAUUAAAUGCUG